AUGUAUGCGAUGUCGAGAAAUAAACAGAGUGUAUCACGAAAACCGGCAACAUUUGGUCAAAUGUCUUUCAAAUCCUGUCGAAGAAUUUACGAGAAGUUGACUUAUCGAAUUUCGGAGCAUAUUCUGAGCUCGAAAAGAUCUAGUACGUCCACAUCCGCACUACAACAAGUGUAUCUGGAGAACAGUAUAUUUUUCCUCAGCCUACUUUCAUUGGCCCUGGGAAUCAUGCUUCAGUGGGAUUCAGAUUUUCUGGAACUUCGAGUGUUCUCCUUGAAAGAGCAUUGCAGUAUCAAGGAGAAUCAGACAUCUUGUGUGUACAAACAGCAGGACUACAGACAUCGACCACUCGAAGUGAAAUCAGGCAUGUCUGAAAUCGAAAAAAUUGUGGAUUAUGGAUGGACGCGCGCUGAAAAUGCUGAGCGCAGCGAUUUGUUGGAGCUAAUGUGUAAGUUUCCAAAACGUUGCAUUAGUUGGACAACCGAAAAGUGCUAA